AUGAAUGGAGUGACGGGUGAAGUUGAUGGUAACACCAGUUUGAAUAAUUUGCUGUUAUGUAAUACUCUACUAGAGCUAGACGACAUGUCCAUGACCGUUUUAGGUGAUGCCUUAAAGGCUGACGAUUUAGCCGAAGUGGUCAUGAUUCGACCUGAAGAACAACUCAACUCAUCGUGGGUGGUUGACAAAGCGGUCCUGGAAGACACCACGAAAGCGUUCAAUGCGCGUAGUGGAUCUGAGAUUUUAAAGAUCAUUCAGAUCCAUUCCACUCACCGUUGGCUGAGUUUGGUGACGUCGUGUCAAAGACGUCACCCAUGGGGCUACCUCCAGAUCGAGGGGUCCGCCAUGAGACUGACUUGGUUCAGGAACGAAAUACUGCGUAACUCAGCAGUGGUCUCUUCCAAAAGAGCAUUAACGCUUUCUUCUGUGCCAAAUACGAGGCUGGGCUGGUGCAUGAGAGCAAUGUCAGAAAGCCAAAUGGAGAUCGGAAGAGCAUUUAACAAGCUGAAUGCAGCUAGGAUCCCGGCUCAGACACCGAUCCCUCGCAAUGAUGUUCUAUAG